ACUAAUACUGCCACGGUGACACCUACCACCGGAAGUACCACUAAGACUGCAACUGCCGUGAUUUGCGCUCGGCCCUUCUGGGAGAAGCUUCCAGAUGCUCGUUUUUGAGAAAGUUCCGUUUAAAAACAGAGUCAGACCUGCUCCGUCUGUCAGAGUUUUUAAUUGAUCAGUAAAUCCGAAAAUGGACGACGACGUUGAGGUCCGGGAUCUUGAAGAUGACUCGUCUGCGGGUCACGGGCCCCUCAGGAACCAGGACCUGUCUCAUCUGAGUCUGUCCGCUGCAGAUGUUCUGCUUCAGUACGGCUGGUACCUGCUGGCUGCCACCUUCAUUGUCUACCUGCUCAUCCAUCACCUGAGGAGGAGGACCAACAGGUCCACAAGCCAGGACCAGAACCCACACACUCAACAAGAUGCUGUGUUUGUAGCCAGGAGACAGGAGUCCAUGGAAGCAGCUCGGAGGAAGAUGCAGGAGGAGCUGGAUGCUAAAGCGGCCAUCUUUAAAGAGAAACAGAACCAGCAAGAAGAGGAGAAACGACGGCAGAAGAUCGAGAACUGGGAAAGCAUGCAGCAGGGGAAGAGCUGCAGAGGAGCCGGGCUGCAGACCAGUGAAGAGGCCAGCUCAUCAUCAUCAGAAGUACGGAAACCAAAGACAGACAAAAAGCCUCUACGCAGUAACGACUACAACCCCCUGAUGGGCCGAGGAGAGAGCUCCUGCUCCUGGAGACCUGGGAGGAGAGGACCAUCAGCAGGUGGAUGAGGUUAAAUGUUGGAGGUUCUGGUCUCAUGACCUUUGACCUCUCAGCCUGUAAAACUCAUUGACUGUUUGGACCAAGCUGACAAUGAACACAAGUGACCUUUGACCUCUGACCCCCACAGGUUAUACUUGUUUAAAAAUCAGUUAAAUAAGUAAAAACUCACAAAGAAAAACUUUAAAGAAAUCUCAGAUCCAGAGCAGGAAGAAAACACUUGAUUCUUUCAUGACAGAAACAAACGAGUUCUGCCGGGUUUCCACCUGGUUCCAAUCCAGAGUUCUGACCAGUUCUGAAGAGAGGAAAAUGAUUGAGUGGGACGGUUCAUCACAGAACCAGGACACGGUUCCCUCCUGAUCCAAAGAUGUGGUGACGCAGAACCAAAUUCAAUCAGUGUCAGACUGACUUCAUGGAGGGAAAACUCACCUUCGACCUUUAGGAUAAAAUCCUUCACCAACCAAACGAACACUUCCUGAAAAAAUGCAUGGCGCCAGCCCCCUCACUCGUGGCCCCGCCCCCUCAUGCCCAGCCCCGCCCCUUCACACGUGGCUGUUUCCAACAAAUGUUAACUCUUGAGUUCUGAAGGUUUUGGUCAAACCGUGAACUAAUCAUCCCCUGUGAUACGUCAGAGCCCAGAGUGUGUUGAGGAUGACGCUCAGCUACUACCACCAGACUUCAGCUCCACACCUGGAAAACUGACUGAGGUAGACAUUUUUGUGCUUGUUAAAGGUCAGUUAGUUGUGGUGGCCAUCUUGCAUCAGGUCAACACCUAGCUGAACGUUCAGUGAGUACUUUCUGAGCAUUUCAUUCAAAUCUGUCCAGUUGUUCAUGAGAUGUUUUGCUAACAGACCGACCAAUGAGCAUACACAGACAAACCAGGUGUAUGGGUCUCUGAACGUUUAUAUUCAUGUAAAUUUGCAGCCCCACAGCUAACGGAGCGGUCGAUCUGUGGGCUGGAUUAUGAUCUUCCACAGAUUAUGAUCUUCCCUGCAGGCUGCAGCUUUCAUCUUGGUUUGAGGCUUGUUAAACUCGUUAAGCCUGCAAAGGAUGAUUUCAUCAGAACGUUUCUCUGCAUCACUCAGAGGUUCUGAAGGAAAAGUUAAAACCUUCCUGCAGCUUAAACAAACUCCGAUCUUCUGUGGUCUCCAGCUGAGGCAAAGGGGGACAAUGUUUCUGUCUGUGUGUGUUUUUGCGCCCGUUAGCAAAGUGUCAUGAACCAGUGGAGAGAUUUGGAUGAACGUCUACAACAGAUUAACGUCUGUAAUCAACCCAAGAUGGCCGCCACAGCCAAUCAACAUUUCAGUCAGUUUUUCAGACACUGAGCUAAAGUUUAGUGUGGUAAUGGAAGAGAAUGUUCCAUAACAAAAACUGUGGGUGAUCAACCAAACACUCUGAACUUCAGAACUCUGUCCUGAAGGGCGGCGGGUGAUAGGCAUUCCUUUAGUUUAGUACUGAUAAUCAAAUGUUAAACAAAGUUGUUUAAAACAUGAAAUUAUUUAACGAAGUGUGAGCCUAUGUCCACUUACGGCGCUGCUUGAUAAUUUGAGUAUUUUCUGUGUUUGAACUUCCUGUUUGGGGUCAAAGGUCAGGUUCUUGUGCAGUUGGAAGCUUGUCUUGAAGCUGCUCCUGGAAAUGGUUUUUAACCAGCAGGUUUGGCCGAUCAGGUCCUCAGUCAGUGUUUUGGUUUGAUAACCUUCAGUAGUGAUUAGUCAUGACGUCCAUCACGGUCUCAACGUGUGACGUCUCGCAGUUUCAUGUUUAAAACUACAAGAACGUCCUCAUUUGUUGUUUCUGUUUAUGCCAUAGUCGAGUUUUUUUUUUUUUUUUCUUCAGUGAAACACGUCGACCAGCACAGAAUUAUUGAGUUGGACUCGUGAAGUUAGCGUAACUCUUGACUGAGUAUUGCUGAAGGCAGAAUUGUUUCUGAAAGUUUGUGCAAUAAGAUGAAAGAGAACCGUUUAGUUUCAGACGGGUCCUGCUCCAACACGCCUGCUUUAAAUGGAACUCGGACCUCGUUAGGUUCUGCAGAGGUCUGUUAACGACCCGGGUCCUGCUCCAACACGCCUGCUUUAAAUGGAACUCGGACCUCGUUAGGUUCUGCAUAGGUCUGUUAACGACCCAUCAGAUUGACGCAGACGAGUCAGAGCAGAAAACACCUGGAGGACAGCGGCCCCCGGGUCCCCGACAGGAAGUAACUUCAUGCUGUUAAAGUUUCGAUUCAACAAGUUUCAAAUAAAACAGAUUCAGUUACGUUCCAAUAAAGAAAACAUUUGGUUUAGAAGAAAAACAGUUUCAUUAUUUAGAAAUGAGACGUUACAUAAAAUGUUACAAUUCUUUAUUUUUUUUUAAAGCAGACAAACCGGAAACUUCUUGUCUUGUUUUCUGAACCAGUUAAACAUGUAAAAACUGUUUGAUUUAAAUAAAACUUUCAUUUGGACUGA